GACCAUACUUUCUAGCAGUAAAAAAUCGUCUAUACCAUUGUUCUUCCUCCAAAUUUGUUUAUCUACUUUUGCCGUAAACACAUCAACCGAGUUUCCCGUUGCAGCUUCCGCCGCCGCCAUGACGACGGUCGUCCCUACUUCCGAAGACGAUCCCGUCGUCUCCGUCGUCCGCUUCACUGCUGAGAUGUCCUGGGCUGAAGCCGGUCCUGAGGUAGCAGAAGCACAAGUGAGUAGGUUAUGUUUAGAAGCUCAGGAAUGUGUGAUUGGUGGCAGAUGGUUGGAUUUAGCUUCUUUAAUGAUCACUUCUGCUGAUUUACUCGUUUCCAAAGCUUCCGAUAAAGACCUUGAAUGCAUUUUCACCGUUAUCUGCAAUCUUGUCAAGAAACCUGAAAGUACUGAUGAAAUUUUAGAGAUGGCAAAGCUUUUAUCCACAAAAAUUGUGCAACAACCAACUGAUAAGCCCGCACUGCGAUUGAAGAUCCUGUUCAAUCUGUACAACCUAUUGGAGAACCCUUACUGUCGGUUCUAUGUCUACAUGGGUGCCCUUAAGUUGGCAAUUGAUGGAAAGGUAACGGAACAUAUAAUACCAUCUUUCAAAAAGAUCGACAGUUUCUUAAAAGAAUGGGAUCUAGGAGUGCAUGAUCAAAGAGAGCUUUACCUGGCCAUCUCUAAUGUUUUGAAGGAACAUAAGAGCUCCCCCAAGGAAAUUCUGAAGUUUUUAUCAAAAUACCUGGCAACAUUUUCUGGUGAGGAUGCACAUGUUAUGGAGGAGGCGAAGGAAGAAGCUGCUCACGCCAUUAUUGAAUUUAUCAAAGCACCUGACAUGUUUCAGAAUGAUCUGCUUCAGAUGCCUGCUGUAGCACAACUGGAGAAGGAUACCAAUUAUGCAUUACUAUAUCAGCUCUUGAAGAUAUAUCUGACUCAGAGGCUAGAGGCUUACUUGAAUUUCUACACAGAAAAUUCUGCAUUACUGAAAAGCUAUGGUCUUGUACACGAAGAAUGUAUAGCAAAGAUGAGGUUGAUGUCAUUGGUGGACCUUGCCUCCGAUGAAUCUGGCCAAAUUCCCUAUUCUCUGAUUAAGGACACUCUUCAUAUAGAGUAUGAUGAGGUGGAACCAUGGGUAGUAAAGGCGAUCACUGUUAAACUGAUCGAUUGCAAAAUCGACCAAAUGAAUCAAGUCAUCAGAGUCAGUCGUUGCACUGAGCGUGUUUUUGGGCCACAACAGUGGCAAGCUUUGCGAGGAAAGCUGGCAACAUGGAAGGUUAACAUAUCAAAUGUAAUUACAACCAUUCAAGCAAACAAGGUCACAGAAGAAGGAAUGCAGGCGAUGCAAGGUUUGGUGAUACCUUAGUUAUUAUUUCAUUUUCGCAGCCAACGUAUUCAUCAGUAUUCAGCACGUGAGAUAUUCAAGAAAAAGAGGUGUGCAUAGACAAGUCUUGUUACUUGCUUUUCGUUGAAGGGUAAAAUUAUACACAUUUUGGAAGUUUUGUUGGCAACAAGUCAUAUUGAGUACUAGUUUCUUAUUUUAAGUAUUUCUACCAACUGAUGAGAAUAAUAGGACCAGAGAAAGAUAUUAUGCUUCUUUUAAA